CAACCCAUUGAAAGUUGGAACCGCGGUCGGCUCUGCGUGUUCAGACUUCAGAGCAAGUGAGUUGGUGGCAACUGGGUUUACAACUAGGGUUUUGCAGACUUCCAACUUGUAAUCGAAAGCUGACUCUAAGAUGUUGUACAUAGUAGGACUUGGAUUGGGGAACGAGAAAGACAUCACUUUGAGAGGUUUAGAAGCAGUUCAGAAAUGUGACAAGGUUUUCAUUGAAGCCUACACUUCCCUCCUCUCUUUUGGUCUCUCUUCCGAUGGCCUUUCCACACUGGAAAAGUUGUAUGGGAAACCGGUUAUACUUGCAGAUAGAGAAACCGUGGAGGAAAAGGCCGAUGAAAUUUUAAGUGCAGCUGCUGAUUCUGACGUGGCUUUUCUUGUAGUUGGGGAUCCUUUUGGAGCUACAACUCACACUGAUCUUGUAGUUCGUGCUAAGAAGUUGGGGAUUGAUGUCAAAGUGGUGCAUAAUGCGUCGGUUAUGAAUGCUGUUGGAGUCUGUGGCUUACAGCUCUACCACUAUGGAGAGACAGUUUCGAUACCAUUCUUUACCGAUACAUGGAGACCUGAUAGCUUUUAUGAGAAGAUUCAGAAAAAUCGUGGGCUUGGACUACAUACUCUCUGCUUGUUAGAUAUACGCGUGAAAGAACCCACCCUGGAAUCCUUAUGCAGAGGAAAGAAGCAGUAUGAACCACCUAGAUAUAUGUCAGUAAACACUGCAAUUGAACAGCUUUUGGAGGUUGAGCAAAACCGAGGAGAAUCUGCCUACAGCGAAGACACCAUGUGUGUUGGGUUUGCUCGGCUUGGAAGUGAGGAUCAGAAGAUAGUUGCUGGCACAAUGAGGCAACUGGAGUCGGUUGAUUUUGGAGCACCUCUUCAUUGCCUUGUCAUAGUAGGCAAGACCCACCCAGUGGAAGAAGAAAUGCUGGACUUCUACAGAACUGUAUGAUUAAUUAUCUAUAUCUUUGAUAGGAGCAGCUCUACUUUUAUAUGCAGUGAAGUGCUUGAACUAAGUGUAGCAGAGACAGAAGAGGAGUUAUUCUUUACUAGCAUUGAAGAAAGUUCAGAAGAUAUAUUGGAUUUCUUUUCUUUUCUUUUGGGGUGCAACUGAAGAGGCACCAGCAACAAUACCAUACUUUAUAAUCUCCAGAUUUGAUGUCGAUGAUGAAAGCAUGUUGUAUAAUGUUACAAUCCGUUUAAGUUUGCCAAUGGAAGUUGAUCAGUUGAUUCAGUACAUUUCAUGUUCUGUUCUGUUGUACACUUUUUCUGUAGAAUUCUCUCGGAUAUUUGAUGGUAUAUUAUUCGUCUGUUUAACA